AUGACUCCUUCUAACGGAGAGCACUUGACAUUCGAGUUCGCCGAGGGGAACAUCACCAAAGCAAUCAGUGAAGGGGAGGAAGCGCCGCUGCAGAAGUACUAUACCGUAUUCUCUGCGCCUCCAUCCCAGUGGUGGACAGAUGUUCGUUUUGCUUGCGGCGGGAUUCAAAUCUGCACAUCUGAGCUCGAAGCCCAAAACUUCCAUGCCAAACACGGUUUACACUAUGGCGAUGUGAUCAGCCUGGAUAAACUCUGGGAACUAUCAAAGGCGUGGUAUUCUGACAAGGCCACCUAUGACUACGAGCGCAAGACUCCGCAGGAGGCAAAGAAGUUGUUCGAGGAUUUGGGCCUAGAUUUGCGGUAUUGGAUAAGUUGA